GAAUGUGGUGUUGAAGAGAGUGGCAAUACUCUCGAAUCCAUGGGAAAUGGGGGUUUUUAACCAGGGCGCGCACCCGCCCUUCAACUUCAACCCUCUACAGGAGGGUUGCCCCCAGGCUAACACUAUUGAUCAGCUUGCUAAUCUGAAUGAUGGCGAGCUGCUUUCUCAGGUAUUUGGGGAGCAACAAAGUGGGAGCAGCUUUGAUCAAAUAGCUGCAGAAGGGGUUGAAUGGUGGAAUAAACGAAUGGAAAAGAUGAGCCCAAAGGACUUCCAGCAAUUUUAUGCUGCAUUGAGGAUGCUCCGAGGAAGGGUCCAAACUCAUCUGCAGCAACGGAUCAGAAUUAGGGACUCUAAUUCUGGGGAAACAAGCACUUCUAGCUCUAGUGCCAAUACUAAUGGUAGAGCUAGGUGUAGGCGACGUUGAUCAUAUUUUUCUUUGGGCAUUUUAAAUGAGAUAUUGUACUUUUCCUUCCUUAGUUAUUAAAAGUUUAUUAUUAUU